UCCUUCAGAUUGUGAAGGAGUCUCAGCAGCAGCACGGUUUACGACAUGGAGACUUCCAGAGGUACAGGGGUUAUUGCUCCCGUAGGCUAAGGCGGCUCCGAAAAACUCUCAACUUCAAGAUGGGAAACAGGCACAAGUUCACUGGGAAGAAAGUAACUGAAGAGAUUCUCUCAGACAACAGGUAUUUGCUGUUGAUUCUGAUGGAUGCAGAGAGAGCCUGGAGUUAUGCCAUGCAGCUGAAACAGGAAGCAAACACAGAGCCUCGCAAACGAUUUCACUUGCUGUCUCGCCUGCGCAAAGCUGUGAAACAUGCUGAGGAGCUGGAGCGACUGUGUGAAAGUAACCGAGUGGAUGCCAAAACAAAGCUGGAAGCUCAGGCAUACAUGGCUUACCUCACAGGAAUGCUUCGUUUUGAACACCAGGAGUGGAAGGCAGCAAUGGAGGCUUUCAACAAAUGCAAAACCAUAUAUGAAAAACUGGCCAAUGCUUUCACAGAAGAACAAGCUGUACUGUAUAAUCAGCGUGUGGAAGAGAUCUCACCCAACAUUCGCUACUGUGCCUAUAACAUUGGUGACCAGUCUGCUAUGAAUGAGUUGAUGCAGAUGAGGCUGAGGUCUGGUGGCACUGAAGGUCUUCUUGCAGAAAAGCUGGAGGCGCUGAUUACCCAAACUCGAGCAAAGCAGGCAGCCACGAUGAGCGAGGUGGAGUGGAGAGGAAGAACUGUUCCGGUGAAGAUAGACAAAGUGAGGAUCUUCUUGCUGGGCCUGGCUGACAACGAAGCAGCGAUUGUUCAGGCAGAAAAUGAGGAGACAAAGGAACGUUUGUUUGAAUCCUUACUCAGUGAGUGUAGAGAUGCCAUUCAGGCUGUUCGGGAAGAUCUGAAACCAGACCAGAAGCAGCGGGAGCACUCUCUGGAAAAUGAUUCUGGGAGGGUGUCCAACAUCCAGUACUUACACAGUUAUUUGACUUACAUCAAGCUGUCAACAGCCAUCAAGCGUAAUGAGAGCAUGGCAAAGUCUUUGCAGAAGGCACUGCUGCAGCAGCAGCGGUCAGAAGAGGAUGGCAAGCGCACACCACGGCCUCAGGACCUGAUCCGUCUUUACGAUAUCAUUUUGCAGAACCUUGUGGAACUGACACAGCUUCCUGGCCUAGAAGAGGACAAGAACUUCCAAAAAGAGAUUGGAUUGAAGACACUUGUGUACAAAGCUUACAGGUGUUUCUUCAUUGCGCAGUCCUAUGUCCUGGUAAAGAAAUGGAGUGAAGCUCUUGUUUUGUAUGAGAGAGUGCUGAAAUAUGCCCGCGAAGUUCAGUCAGGAGCUGGAGCUUAUACAAACAGCUUGAAGGAGCUGCCUGAUGUUCAGGAUCUGAUCACUCAAGUCAAUGCAGAGAAAUACUCCUUGCAAGCAGCAGCUAUAUUAGAUGCAAAUGAUACUCAUGAGACUGAGUCUCCAUCUCAGGUCAAGGAUGGCAAGCCACUCUCAGAACGGUUUGAGACGUUCUGUCUGGAUCCUUCUCUUGUCAGCAAGCAAGUCAGCCUCGUCCACUUCCCUCCGGGCUUCCAGCCCAUUCCAUGCAAACCCUUGUUCUUUGACCUGGCCCUUAAUCAUGUUGCUUUCCCACCUCUGGAGGACAAGGUGGAGCAGAAGGCCAAGAGUGGCCUCACAGGAUAUAUAAAGGGCAUCUUUGGAUUCAAAAGUUAACCAGGACCCCCUGAGGAACAGAGGUUUUAUUCUGUAUUGAAGGAAAAGCUCCAAGAGGUUCUAGGACACAAAUAUCUGCACCUGAAACCAACAGAGGGAGGUUUUACCAUCUUCUUCCCUGUGUUCUGUGUAUAUGUCUGUGCACUUACAUUCUCUCCCAGUGUAUUAAAGACAAACAAUCUAUUCAGAAACAUGUACACUAUAAAUAGCUGAAAAUAAUCUGGAGCACAGAGAAAUUCCAUUCUGCUCAGAGAAGUUGGAGCUUGCUUUGUGACCAGUGGCCUGUUCAGGGCGGGUACACGUCUACUUUCCAUGGACCAGGGCAUAGGCAUAAGUUGAUUCCUCUCCCCACCCCAUUAUUUGACACUAUAAUUCGGUAUUUUGGUUUAGAAAUCUGGGUGUGAUGGGGAAACAGAGGCAAAAGUAGAUGCAGAACUAAACCAGCGAGGUGAGGCUGUCUGCACAAAGGCUAUGAAGCAGUAGCCAAGGGGGCUAACUUCUCUUCCCUUUUGACUCCCAGUCCUCACUGAGAAGCGUAUAUACUUAUGUAAAGAGAAGUCUCUGUAUUUUUUAAAAAUGUGACAUUCAGAAAUGACAAAACAAGAGCCUCUUUCCUUCUCGAUAAGGAUGGCAAAUACCUUACUAAAUGUUAAUGGUUACCCCAGGUGUGGUGGAGUAUAACCUGAAUUUGUACUCUGGGCCGAUAGGAUCCUUCUUUAUCGAUAACACGUUUUGUUAAAUACCUAAAUACAGUAUAGAACCUAUUCCUACAAGGCUUUUCCUGGGAAACUAGCUUCAUGGGUGGCUUUAGAAAUAGCUACUUGCUCUUUAUGGGAAGUUGGGUCUCUCUGUGUUCGUUUUGUCUCUGAUCUAAACCUUGCCUGAAAACAAGAUGACCUUUUUCUGGAGUUCAUCUGUUGCUUUUUUUCCUCAUCCUCGGUCUCGGGAGUCGAGGAAUAAGCAACAGGAGACCAGUAGGUUCUUGAGUGAUAGAUCUCUGUCAUGUCAGACAGCUUUUUUUAUAAAGCGCCCAGGUGCUGUGGUGGUAGGCACUUCAAAAUGCGGGUAAUUUCAUAAUCAUGAUCAAUUAAACAGG